AUGAUUUUUAAAUGGCCACAUUACAAGAAAUUGCAAACUAUUAAUAAGAACAAAGCCUACGCCAACACUGCAGGAGUUGAUGAGUUCUGGUCCGAGUCCAUGAGCCCUGAGAGCCCUGAGCCGGCACUACAGACUCUUUACUGCAGAGACAGCAAACUGUGGUCACUGUCUGAACACCAAAGAUAUGACUUUAAUUACGGAAACUGGUGA